GUCUUACAUUGAUCUAGGAUACUAGAUGCAACUGCUGUUCUGAAUGUAGCGAGCAGAUAGUAGUAUUAGAUUGUUGUCAUGCCUACGUGUAGGCAACAUAUGGAUUUCCAAUACUGAGAAUUGAUUCUUUUUUCCAUUCGCUUUCUCUUGCUAGCAGACCUGGCAGAUCACUUCGGGUACUUCUAUAUACAGGCUUGCCAGAAAAGAGAGAAACUAAAGGGGACAUAGCACAUAAGAGGGCCUUAAGGAGAGAACAGAGGAGUGGGAUUGAAACAGUGUAGCUGUAGAAACAGGGUUAGGUAGAUAGACUGCCAUGAGAGAGGAUCCGUCAAGCUGUGGUGAAUACCCUGAGGGAGGGGUGGUGUCCAGCGAGGAGGAGCCAGACUGUGCUCCAAUCAAAUACCCUGUGGUGCUGGUAACACCAGGGGCCGGCGGGCGCAAGAGUGUCACCAGGAAAGACAACAUUUCAUCGCCAACAGAGGACAACAAGUCAACGACAGGAGGGCCUCCCAGUCUGAUCCCAUCAGGACCCAAGAGGCCUAAGAAGAGUCCCCAGCCCUCCCUGUCUCCUCUCCCUAUCCCAGGCCAGCCCCUGGAGGACCCUCAGCACCAACGGGUGAUUGCCAAUGUACGGGAGCGCCAAAGGACGCAGUCCCUGAACGACGCCUUUGCCUCGCUGCGUAAGAUCAUCCCCACGCUCCCCUCAGACAAGCUGAGCAAGAUCCAGAUCCUAAAGCUGGCCUCGCGUUACAUUGACUUCCUCUACCAGGUCCUGCAGAGCGACGAGAUGGAUGCCAAGCUGGCCAGCUGUAACUACCUAGCCCACGAGAGACUCAGCUAUGCAUUCUCGGUGUGGAGGAUGGAGGGGGCCUGGUCCAUGUCCGCUACCCACUAGCCCUGUCACCUACCUCUCUAACACCCCCUCCCUCCUCUCCUGCCCCAGCCAAUCUCCCAUGACCUCUGACCCCUGCUCUCUGACCCUCAUCCUCACAUCAUCUAACUCUUAUCAUUCUACACCAGCACCGUACCAAGGCGACUGAGAAGCCUCCACCUGUUGGUCUGCAAUCCCUUUGUUUACUGGUUUGGACCUACACCUCUGGACCAACUAAAUCAAAGAUAUGAGCCUGCCCUCACUCUGGAGAGGUACUGUAGAGAGACUCAGCUUCCUCGAGCCCACACAGAAUCUAUGGGACAAUGAUUCAGAGCUACUAGCAGGUCUAGAAGAGGGACAACUAUAGAGUUUUAGGACCUGGAAAUUGCAACUUGUGACUUGGAAACAAUUUGGUAAACAAAUGUAAGUUGCAGUUAUUCAUGGGAAUAUUCCUAUUGUAGUGUGACUACAUGUAGUACAGAACUGUUUGUAAACCAACAUACAAUUCCUCAUUAAAAGGGAAUCAGUUGGUGUAAGAUAAUAAAAUGAGUACUUGAGCAUCUUUGAAGCAUAUUUCUCAGCCCCAUCUUAUUACCAAUCUCACCUUAAAGCAUACACCCUGUACUGCGACUACACCAGAAUGGACAACGUUCACCAUCAGCAUCCAAAAUGAAUGGCCAAACAUUUGGAGAUGGAUGAUGACACAAUAACAUUUCUAAACGCCAAAUGCAUAAGAAAUACAGCGGUUAUCCUUCUUUGAGUUUGUGUGUUAAAGAACCUGGGUUAGCAGAUUAUCCACGUGUUACCCUGUCAGCAUAAAUUAGUGCUCUAUAGCACAGACUUCCUUAAUGAGGGCCAAGUGUCUGCUCAGGCAGACCACGGUAUAAUUGCCCAUAAAGCUGUUGUUCUUUUGGGGGAAAUAAGGCCUCUAAAAUAUUUAUUGGUUGUCUGGUUGGAAAGAAAUCCUAUGAUAUGCCCAACCACAGAAGCACAUGUGGAUACAUGUAUUAGUGGACCAGGAAAGUACACCGUAUAUCCAACAUGUUGUCACAAUUAAAAAAUUUAAUUAAGAGAAAAACAGUACAAAAUAGACAUCCUUUCUAUACAUACAUAGGAAAUAUGUAGGAAAAAAUGAACACAAGGUAAAUAAAAAGUAUGAAAAAAAGACUGUUAUUCUUUUAACUCCAGUUAGUGAAGGCUACCAAUACUUGACUCAAGGCACAUGCGUGAUGUAUUUUGGUCUUGAGUAUCUAUUUACAGUGACUUUAAGAAACAGAGCAUAAAAAGGACAAUAUUAAAGGAAAUGAAGAGGAGUGGCCCACUUGUCACUAAGACAAUAAGAGUGUUGCCCAUAGGCCCCUGGAAGUCUUUACAGGAGAGGUCAUGUACAGUAUCCAACACACUUUGUCUAACAUUACUUCAUAGACAACAGAUACCCACUGGUGUACUACGAGACAGAGAGCACAGGAACUGUUCUACGAGAAUAUGAAUAAUGGUGGUUACUUCUAUUUCUUUUUAUACAAGUCUUUGAGGGGAUCUUACGGGCAAACAUUGCCCAGAGUCUUGAAAACAACCACCCCAAAACAAAUAGUUAGUACAAACAAUAAUGAAUAUUGAAAACUGGCAAUGGCCUCCUACACACAUAUACAGAUUUGGAUUUGUAUUUCAACCUGUUUGCUACAGUACAAAAGUAGUCCUGCAGGAAACAGGAAAAGUGGAUUAUGUGGAUUAUAAUUUAUGGACAGUAUUGCAGAGAUUGAUAUGUUUUUUUUUGUUGUUUAAAAGUGGACAUUUUUUUUAUACCUCAAAUGCACUACAAGGUUUAAAUUUCCUGCAUUCCAGGAAAGUUCUCCGGCAACAGGGUGAUCAAAUUACAAUCCUACAUCUGUAGCCAUCCACAGUGGUUGGUACAGAGUAUAGUAAGAAAUGACUAUAAGACUUGUUAGCAUGGUUAUCGUUAUCUCUCUCUCAACGACAACUAGGGGAGAGGAUAAACCUAUGGUUAGAGAAAAAUGUUUAGUUAAGACAAGAUUGACGUGUAUCACCGGCGUACAUGCCCCUGUACUGGCGCACCAGCAGAGAGAGUAUGUUCCUGAAAAAAUAUGCCUUGUAAAUGCCUUCUUUCUGCAGUGGUUAGUCAGAAGUGGAUGCUCUCUCUCACUCUUCUCUUCGAUUUUCAACAGAGAAAACACAGUAAUACACAUUAAUAGAGAGCUUAUGAUACAUUUAGACAUUUAGCCACAUUCCAUAGAAGUAUGGGGUCAUAUACAAAAUAAUAUUGUGAAUCUGAAAACAAAUGUCAAUUUCUCAAUUUGAUGGUGGGCAGUUUUUUUUUCAUCCACUGAAGAACCUCUAAAAACAAGUGCAAUCUAGAUGAAAUGCUCAUUAAGACAAACUACAUAACCCCAGAAUGAAUAUAGAAAAUGAAACAGUGGAAUGUGCUACACAUUUCAAUUCAUAACAAAAACAAUCUACACUGGACAUUAUGAACACACAAAAAAGGUCUCAGGACAUGUUAACAAACUACAGAUACAGUAUAUCUGAAAAUCUAUAAUCAGCAUGAUGUCAAGUACUGCAUCAUACAUACAACUGGAGUACAAGAGAGACUUCCUACACAAGGCCUAAGGGAGAAAUAUGCACCAUCAUAGUAAAGCCACAUCUCCAUCAGUGGAGGCUCCUCAGAGGAGGAAGGGGAGAACCAUCCUCAGUGAAUAUCAUAAAAUUGAAUGAAUUAGAUAAAACUAUACUCACGUCACCAAAUAAUGAAUUAAAACACACUGUUUUGCAAUGAAAGUCUACAGUAGCCUCAACAGCACUCUGUAUGGUAGCACCAUGGUGUAGCACCAUGGUCCAUCCUCCUCUGGGUACAUUGACUUGUCCUCCAACCUAUCUGAGCUCUUGCAGCAUGAACUGACAUGUCCACCCAAACAAAGGAUCAGAUAAUACAUUUAGUAGUGAACGCAUAAGCUAGAGCUAGCUAGCACUGCAGUGCAUAACAUGUGGCGAGUAGUUAACUCAAAGAGAGAAAGACACUAGUUGAACAGUUUUGAACAAAUUCAUUUCUUCCAAAAUAUAGGAGAAGCAAGAGAGUCAUUUUUUUCACUUUCACUUACUUAGCUAGCCUAUGCAGCCAUCUAGUUUAGCCUGCUUAAAUACUCUUCUCUGACAGAGGGAUGCUAUGUUAGCUAGCUGGCUAUGACUAUCCAACAAAACACUGGAACUCUUCCAAGUCAAGGUAAGAUUUUGGUUUUACAAAUGUAUUUCCCCCGGGGCCCGCCGGUGCAGGUGCUAAACUGCUUACUGACUGUACACUGUAACAUUACUGCAUGAUUGUAGCGGGUUUACUGACGCAUUAGUUAUAUUAACUUUGUUGACUAUGACGUUACUUUAGCUAAUAUGGUGACAACGAUGUAGGCUGUGUGUAGCGGUUAUGAUAUAGUUUGGCUUGGAAAGUUUUUUUUGCCUGGUCACAUUCAGCUGAUGUGUUGUGCAUUGAAGUCCACAAGCGAAAGGUGAGAGGAGGAGAGCGCAGAGAAGCGAGAAAGGAAUACACCAUGGCUACUAUGAAAGUGAACUGUAUUUACGCGUGAUCAGGGGUGUAUUCAUUCUGCUGUAAAACGUUUCUUAAACGGAAGCAAACAGAACGAAAUGGGGAUAAACAUACCUGAAUUUGUCCAAUAGAAACUUGUUUGCAACUGUUGGACUAAUGAUUACACCCUAGAUGCAGGCAAGAGUGUGCAAGGUGAUAUUGAAUGUGUCACUGUGUGUCCAUGUGUCACGGUCUGUCACCUCAAAUGUUUCUCUCCACCUGUGUGCACCUACGUUGUAACCUUUCAUUCAUAGGCUAGGUUGUAGCAACAUGAUGGGUAUAGGUAACAUUUGAGUAUCAUGAAGUAGCCUAAACCUAUCACUGUUACUUUGAACUGGGUGAAUGGAAAAGGAAUGACAGUCAUCCAAUAUGCUGUAAUAGAAAUAAGGCCAUGCUCAUAAAAAAAGAAACCGUCCUCCCUCAUUUUAAAUGGCACCGACUCUUCAACACUGACCUCCAUAGUGCUAACAGUAAUAGUAUUUUGGUUGGUCCACGAAACAAACAGAGCAACACCAUAAAGAAGGUUUUCACAUAAAAUAAUACACUCAGUUUAACUGUUAUGUUAUUACUGUCUGUGGAUAAUAUCAAGGGAACUGAACUGUCAAAUGAAUGUACACAGUAAAUGUCUGUCCACAGGUCAAAAGUAUGGUCCUGCAAAAACAAACAUCAACGUACAGUAACACCGUAACCACACUGGUCCAUCUGCAGUAAUUACAGUCCCACUGCAGCCAUGUUGAAGAGCGGUUUCUUUGGGAGAUCUCCAUGAAGUGCAUUAGAGGCUUUGACUAGAAUCAUAAACAAUACAAUGGCAUAGGAAUGAACAUAGAACUAGUAUUUCCUUCCAAACAGUGGUAGGUCUUCAGCUCUUCAUAAGAUUCAUUGGUUUAAUUGUUCCUGUUCAUCCAGUUUGUAUACUAUAUAUCCUCGAGACAGGAGGUAUAAUUUUGGUCCUCAUCAUGUCAGUGGUAAGACAUAAAGGGAAAUAGCGUGCAUGUCUACAAUGCCUUUCUGAGUGUGUGUGUUUGUGUGUGUCCCUGCCAACAAUAUAUAAAGACACUUGUCUAUGAACAGCAGUGGAAAGUAUUCGUAAUACAAUCUGGC